AUGUGCAAAAUUGGAAGAACAAGGGCCUUGCGUGUGCAAAUUUGGAAGAACAAGGGCCUAGCGGACGUGGUCGUGGACGUAGACGUGGACGCGGUCAUGGACGCGGACGUGGACGUGGACGCGGACUCGGACGCAGACGCGGACGUGGACGUGGACGCGGACUCGGACGCGGACGUGGACGCGGACGUGGACGCGGACGUGGACGUGGACGUGGACGUGGACGUGGACCUGGACCUGGACGUGGACGUGGACGUGGACCUGGACGUGGACCUGGACGUGGACGUGGUCGUGGACGUGGACGUGGACGUGGACGUGGACGUGGUCGUGGACGUGGACGUGGACGUGGUCGUGGACGGGGACGUGGACGUGGUCGUGGACGCGGACGUGGACGUGGUCGUGGACGCGGACGUGGACGUGGACGUGGACGCGGACGUCGACGUGGUCGUGGACGCGGACGUGGAUGUGGACGUGGACGUGGACGCGGACGUGAGGGACGUGGACGCGGACGUGGUCGUGGACGUAGACGCGGACGCGGACGUGGACGUGGACGCGGACGCGGACGUGGACGUGGACGCGGACGCGGACGUGGACGUGGACGUGGAGGUGGACGUGGACGUGGACGAGGACGCGGACGUGUGCGUGGACGUGGACGCGGACGUGGACGUUGACGUGGACGUGGACGUGGACCUGGACGUGGACGUGGUCGUGGUCGUGGACGUGGACGUGGACGUGGACCUGGACGACGUGGACGUGGACGUGGACCUGGACGUGGACGUGGACGUGGACGUGGUCGCGGACGUGGAGGACGUGGACGUGGACGUGGAGGACGUGGACGUGGACCUGGUCGUGGACGUGGACGUGGAUGUGGUUGUGGACGUGGACGUGGACGUGGACGUGGUCGUGGACGUGGACGUGGACGUGGUCGUGGACGCGGUCGUGGACGUGGUCGUGGACGUGGACGUGGACGUGGUCGUGGACGCGGACGUGGACGUGGUCGUGGACGCGGACGUGGACGCGGAGGUGGACGCGGACGUGGACGCGGUCGUGGACGCGGACGUGGACGCGGUCGUGGACGCGGACGUGGACGGGGUCGUGGACGCGGACGUGGACGCGGACGUGGACGCGGACGUGGACGCAGACGUGGACGCGGACGUGGACGCGAACGUGGACGCGGACGUGGACGUGGUCGUGGACGCGGACGUGGACGUGGACGCGGACGUGGACGUGGAUGUGGGGGACGUGGACGCGGACGUGGCCGUGGACGUAGACGCGGACGUGGUCGUGGACGCGGACGUGGAUGUGGACGUGGACGUGGACGGGGACGUGGACGCGGACGUGGACGUGGACGUGGACGCGGACGCGGACGUGGACGUGGUCCUGGACGUGGACGCGGACGUGGACGUGGACGUGGACGUGGACGUGGACGUGGACGUGGACGUGGACGUGGACGUGGACGUGGACGCGGACGUGGACGUGGACGUGGUCCUAGACGUGGACGUGGACGUGGACGUGGACGUGGUCGUGGACGUGGACGUGGACCUGGACGUGGACGUGGACGUGGACCUGGACUUGGACUUGGACGUGGACGUGGACAUGGACGUAGACAUGGUCGUGGACGUGGACGUGGACGUGGACGUGGUCGUGGACGUGGACGUGGACGUGGUCGGGACGUGGACCUGGACCUGGACUUGGACGUGGACGUGGACGUGGAUUGUACGUGACGUGGACGUGGUCGUGGACGUGGACGUGGACGUGGUCGUGGACGUGGACUUGGACGUGGACGUGGACGUGGUCGUGGACGUGGACGUGGUCGUGGACGUGGACCUGGACGUUGGCGUGGACGUGGACGUGGACGUGGACAUGGUCGUGGACGUGGACGUGGACGUGGACGUGGACGUGGACCUCGACCUGGACGUGGACCUGGACUUUGACGUGGACGUGGACGUGGACGUGGACCUGGACCUGGACUUGGACUUGGACGUGGUCGUGGACGUGGACGUGGACGUGGACGUGGUCGUGGACGUGGACUUGGACGUGGUCGUGGACGUGGACGUGGACGUUUACGUGGACUUGGACGUGGACGUGGACGUGGACGUGGUCGUGGACGUGGAUGUGGUCGAGGACGUGGACGUGGACGUGGACCUGGUCGUGGACGUGGAGGACGUGGACGUGAACGUGGAGGACGUGGACGUGGACGUGGUCGACGUGGUCGUGGAUGUGGACGUGGACGUGGACCUGGACUUGGACGUGGUCGUGGACGUGGACGUGGACUUGGACGUGGACGUGGACUUGGACGUGGACGUGGACGUGGACGUGGAUGUGGACGUGGACCUGGACGUCGACGUGGACGUGGACUUGGACGUGGACGUGGACUUGGACGUGGACGUGGAUGUGGACGUGGACGUGGACGUGGUCGUGGAUGUGGACGUGGUCGUGGACGCGGACGUGGACGUGGUCGUGGACGCGGACGUGGUCGUGGACGCGGUCCUGGACGUGGACGUGGUCGUGGACGUGGACGCGGACGUGGACGCGGACGUGGACGCGGACGCGGACGUGGACGCGGACGUGGACGUGGACGCGAACGUGGACGUGGACGCGGACGUGGGGGACGUGGACGCGGACGUGGUCGUGGACGUAGACGUGGACGCGGUCGUGGACGCAGACGUGGACGCGGUUGUGGACGCAGACGUGGAUGCGGUCGUGGACGUGGACGUGGAUGCGGACGUGGAUGUGGACGUGGACGCGGACGUGGAUGUGGACGUGGACGCGGACGUGGUCCUGGACGUGGACGUGGACGUGGUCCUGGACGUGGACGUGGACGUGGACGUGGUCGUGGACGUGGACGUGGACGUGGUCGUGGAAGUGGACGUGGACGUGGACAUGGUCGUGGACGUGGACGUGGACGUGGACCUGGUCGUGGACGUGGACGUGGACGUGGUCGUGGAGGUGGACGUGGUCGUGGACGUGGACGUGGUCGUGGACGUGGUCGUGGACGUGGACGGGGACAUGGACCCGGACCUGGACUUGGACGUGGACGUGGACGUGUAUUGGACACGUGGACGUGGACGUGGACGUGGACGCGGACCUGGACGUGGACGUGGACCUGGACGUGGACGUGGACGUGGUCAUGUGGACGCGGUCGUGGACGCGGACGUGGACGUGGACGCGGACUCGGACGCGGAUGUGGACGCGGACGUGGACGCGGACGUGGACGUGGACGUGGACGUGGACCUGGACGUGGACCUGGACGUGGACGUGGUCGUGGACGUGGACGUGGACGUGGACGUGGACGUGGUCGUGGACGUGGACGUGGACGUGGUCGUGGACGGGGACGUGGACGUGGUCUUGGACGCGGACGUGGACGUGGUCGUGGAUGCGGACGUGGACGUGGACGUGGACGCGGACGUGGUCGUAGACGUGGACGUGGACGUGGACGUGGUCCUGGACGUGGACGUGGACGUGGACGUGGUCGUGGACGUGGACGUGGACGUGGUCGUGGACGUGGACGUGGACGUGGACGUGGACCUGGACGUGGACGUGGACGUGGACGUGGACCUGGACGUGGACGUGGACGUGGACGUGGACCUGGACGUGGACCUUGACGUGGACGUGGUCGUGGACGUGGACGUGGACGUGGACGUGGACGUGGUCGUGGACGUGGACGUGGACGUGGUCGUGGACGGGGACGUGGACGUGGUCUUGGACGCGGACGUGGACGUGGUCGUGGAUGCGGACGUGGACGUGGACGUGGACGCGGACGUGGUCGUGGACGUGGACGUGGACGUGGUCCUGGACGUGGACGUGGACGUGGACGUGGUCGUGGACGUGGACGUGGACGUGGUCGUGGACGUGGACGUGGACGUGGACCUGGUCGUGGACGUGGACGUGGACGUGGACCUGGUCGUGGACGUGGACAUGGACGUGGUCGUGGAGGUGGACGUGGUCGUGGACGUGGACGUGGUCGUGGACGUGGUCGUGGACGUGGACGGGGACGUGGACCCGGACCUGGACUUGGACGUGGACGGGGACGUGGAUUGGACGUGA